AUGAUGAAUUUGGAAUUGUUGGCUAACGAGUUAUUACUUGAAAUAUUCGAGUAUUUUCAUGCUAUAGAACUGCUUCGAACUUUUCAUUGUCUCAAUAAACGUUUUGACAGUCUGAUCUUUACUCAUUUUCGAACAUAUCGUCUCGAUUUUCGAACAGCAUCAAAACAAGAUUGUGAUAUUAUCUGUCAAGUAAAUCUUCCAUUAAUUAUCGAUGAAGUUAUUUCACUUGGUCUCUCCAAUGAUGAUGAAAUUCCUCAACAAAUUGAUUUAUUUCGUUCCUAUGGUUGGACACUCAAUCAUUUCCAAAAUCUUUCUUCACUUUCAUUAGAUCAUAUUCGUUCAGGCGAGAUAAUUUGUGAAAUUUUAUCCGAAUGUCCUCAACUUAAACAUUUGAAUUUGACUUCAUGUUAUUUUGGAUGUCAACAAGAUGAUAUUCUUCGUUUUGUCAAUUGUGUUUGGAGUUUACCUAAACUGAUAUAUUGUUAUUUGAACAUGAAUUUUAAAUACGGAUUCCAAAUGCCAAUAUCGACCAAUGUUUCAUCGUCAUUGGAACAUUUAUCAGUCUUAGGUGUUUCUUACCGCGUUGACCAAUUAACUCAUCUUUGUGAGCGUACACCUCGUCUUCGAUAUUUUUCAUUAGAGUUAUCGAGUACUUAUUCUGCUGAAGUACUACAAACAUCACUUUCAUCAUUAACUGAAUUAAAUCUUGUUUUUGUUGGUUCACAACAUGGUAUUAUAGAAACUGUGUUGCAAUACGUGCCAAACGUAUGUCGGUUGAAGAUCGAAACAAUGUAUUUUGAUAUGAAUGGACAUGAAUGGGAACAGAUUAUUCGUAAUUAUUUACCGAAAUUAAAAGUAUUUCAAUUGAAAAUGAGAUUCGAAGUUAGGAGUGAGAAAUAUAAAACCAAAUAUUUGAACUCAUUUCGAACUCGAUUUUGGCUUGAAGAACACCAAUGGUUUGUUCGAUAUCAUUAUAAUCCAGAUGAUAGUUCCAAUAUGAUUUGUCUCUACACUUUACCGUAUAGUUUUUCUUAUCUUGAUAUUUUCUUUCCUGUUCAUUUCGAAUCGACUUGUCUUAAGGAUGAUGAUUAUUCUUCAUAUAAUCAUGUUCAACAUUUAGUUUAUCGUUCUUCUUUAACUAACAACAUGAUUGAAUCUGAUCUUAAUUUUCCGAAUUCAACUUAUCUUUCAGUAACACUUCCUGUUAACAAUCAUUUAUUAUCAGUAAUUCCAAACCUUUAUCGAUUAACUUCAUUGGAAGUAUCACGAUCGAAAAAUAUGUCGGAUGUUGAUGCUCAGUUACAAUUGCAAAAUAUACUUGAUCAUGCACCUCAUCUCUAUUCGUUGAAAUUUAACUCAUGGCGAGAAGGGCAGUUUCUUAAUCGAAAUUCUUCACUGAUUGAAAAGUUGACACCAAUAGUCUUGAAAACUCGAUCAAUUCGACAAGUUAAUCUACGAGGUUAUGAUUGGUGGUUCAAUGAUGAAGAAUGUGUUCAUAUACGUGAUUCAUCAUUGAUAAAAUACUGUGAAAUACUUUCUAUCAAAGUUCAAAAUCGAAUGAAUUUACUUUAUCUCAUCAAUUCAUUGCCUAACCUUCGAGCAUUGAUUGUUCAAUCUCGAGAUGAUAAUUGGAGUUGGAGCAACUAUUCUUCGUCAGUCGAUGAUCAGUAUGUUCAAUGGUUACAACAGAACUUAUCAUCAAUGUGUUCAAUUAAACGAGACUCUCGUUUCGUUCAUUAUAUUCGAAUAUGGAUUCAUAGUGAAACAUUUUGUCCAACAUCAAUCAAUCUUGGAUCCGAAGUUGGAGAAGUCAAGUCAUGGGCUACGAAAAAAAUUGUCAAUUAA